GCCAGCGAACGGAUGACUCUCUGAUGACGACUUUCACACCCUUUGAGCCAGUGUCAGCUCAAGCGGGCUCAAUCUCCUUUGGUUUCCUAUCUUCUGCCGACGUCAGGCAGAUUUCGGUGCUCGAAGUCAGCUCUGCGGCUACAUUUGGCGCAACAGACGAGCCUAUUGCAGGAGGGCUCUAUGAUCCUCUGCUGGGCCCAUCCGAUGGUUCUGCAAGGCAGAGACCGGGCGCAAGAUCGUCAAGGUCGAGUACGCUCUGCGCCUCGUGUCAGCUGGGCGAGAUGGCCUGUCCCGGUCACUUUGGACACAUCGAGCUGCCUGCGACGGUCUUCAAUCCGCUCUUCAUCUCCAAUGCGGUACAACUCCUGAGGGGAAUGUGCCACUUUUGUGGACAUUUCCUUAUGCCAGCUGCUGUCGUCGCGAGUUAUACUGGCAAACUCGAGCUGCUCUCACGGGGUCUUGUCACAGAAGCCGACGGGCUAGACGAUCUGAUCGCUCAGUACAGCUCCAAACAGACUCAGAAGAGAGGCAAGCAGGCGAAGAGAGAAGACAUCAAGCCAGAGGACGAGACUAUGAUUGAAGGGGACGAAGCAGAUGAGACGACUGACAUGCGAGAUCUCAUCGAUGGCAUGCAAGAUGAAGCUGCGCUCGUACAAGAUGAUGCGGAGGACGAUGCUAUUGUCGACAGUGGCCAGGCGUAUCUCAACGCACUCGCUGCAUACGUUCAGGACGCAAUACGCAAAGCCCAGCAGGCCAACGGCUCAGACUAUAGCCUCGAUAGCCAUAAAGUGGCCAUGGCGUAUGACCGUCGCAAGCAAGUCGUCAAUGAGUUCCUCAAGACGCUCAAGAAGAACAAGUGCGAACGUUGCUCUGCCUUUCCGCAUCGACUGAAAGCCGAAGCGAGCUCAAAAGUCCUCGAGUACUCCCUCAAGCCCAAGUAUGCCGGCAUGAACGCUGCUGCUGGUCUUUCCAAACCAGAUCUCGAAGGAUUCACGUCUGCGCUCGCAAAGAAAGAGAAUGAGCUUGCUGCUCACGGUCGACUGCCCAAUGGCGUUCAUGGCGCCAACGGCCUGCGAGGCGGUCAGCACGAUACCAAUGGCUACGAUACGCGUUCGAUGGAUAGCGACCAAGAUGAUGAAGAUGCAGCAGAGCCUCCUCGUGGUCGCAUUACAACACCACCGCUCGAUCAUGGACAAUCCUCGGACGACGAUGAUGAUCUGCCAGAUCCCGUCGAUGCUCCUCGCAUGGCCAAUGGUCACGCCAGCCGCAAGUCUGCUUCUGCUGAGCAAGAUCAAGCCAUGCUCGAGGUUGCCGGCGGGGAUGGUCAAAUUGCGCAGGACAUUGGUCUCGGUGCUGCAAAGGACAAUGCGAGCAAGCGCCAGCGCCAGACUGAGCGAAUCAUUCUGCCUGCCGAAGCGCGCGGGCAACUCAGGCGACUUUUCCAGAACGAGCGCGCCAUACUGGAUCUCAUCUUCGCUCCUCACGGGUCAGCUUCGCGCAAUCGCACCAAGCCACUCCGUUCGCUGUUUCAAUCGAUCGGCAUGAUACCUUCCACUUCCGCCGACACGGGUGCAAGUCCCGACAUCUUCUUCAUGGACGUCGUGGCUGUACCGCCCUCCCGCUUCAGACCGAUGGCGCAGAUGGGCGAGAGCGUGCUCGAUCAUCCCCAGACGACUCUGCUCAGUCAGAUCAUCAAAGCCAAAGAGUCUUUUGCCAGACAAGCUCAGCGUUUGCGUGCUGCACGUCGAGGUACAAUCAUCAGUGGCGAAUCAAAGCCGCUCAACCCUGCUGCUGUCUACGAGCAAGUCAUUGCAGAGAUCAUCAAGAUUCAGGUCGCUGUCAAUUCGCUCGUCGAUAGCACAAAGAAUCCUACGAUCAUGAAGCGUGGCAUGGAGCCACCUACAGGUGUCAAGCAGAUCCUCGAGAAGAAAGACGGUCUGUUCAGAAUGAACAUGAUGGGCAAGCGAGUCAACUUUGCAGCUCGUUCUGUCAUUUCACCCGAUGUCAACAUCGAGCCAAAUGAAAUCGGCGUUCCUCCUCACUUUGCUCGUGGCUUGACGUUUCCGGAACCGGUCACCAAACACAAUCUUCAUCAGCUUCAGCAAAUGAUUAUUCGCGGUCCUCAUGAGUGGCCGGGGGCGCAUGCUAUCGAACGAGAUGAUAAGACUGUCAUCAUGCUCGACCGGAUGUCUGCAGAUGAUCGUCUUGCGCAGGCUCAGCAGAUCAUGGCGCCUACAAUACUCAACAAACGUGGCCUUAGCGUCACUUCUGGUCUUGCGCACACAGCCACUCCUCAGCUCAACUACAAAGUACAUCGACAUCUUGUCGAUGGCGACAUCCUCAUCAUGAACCGGCAGCCGACGCUGCACAAGCCCAGUAUGAUGUGUCAUCGUGCAAAAGUACUUACCGGCGAGCGAACGUUACGCAUGCACUAUGCUAAUUGUAACUCGUACAAUGCCGAUUUUGACGGCGAUGAAAUGAACAUGCAUUUCCCUCAAACACACAUUGCUCAGGCGGAAGCGCGCUUCAUCGCGAACACCGACAAUCAGUACCUUGUGCCAACAUCUGGCAAUCCGCUGCGAGGAUUAAUUCAGGAUCACGUUGUUGCUGGUGUCCACAUGACGAGCAAGGAUACCUGGUUUACUCGAGAGCAGUACCAUCAGAUCAUCUAUGGUGCUCUGCGUACGGAAGAUGACUACACCGGUGGUGGCACGAUUAAGCUCGUCAGUCCUGCUAUCUUGCGACCGCAGAGGCUCUGGUCAGGCAAGCAGAUUAUCUCUACUGUCUUGCUCAACAUCACGCCGGAGCAUUUGCAGGGUCUCAAUCUUCGCAGCAAGUCGAAAGUACCCGGACGAUAUUGGGGCGCACAUAACGAAGAGGGCGAUGUCAUCUUUGUCAAUGGCGAUCUGCUCGUUGGCAUCCUCGACAAAUCUCAGUUUGGCGCGACAUCCUUCGGCAUGGUCCAUUCGGUACACGAGCUCUACGGGAGCCUGACGGCGAACAAGCUAUUGGGCAUUCUCAGCCGUCUUUUCACAAAGUUCCUGCAGCAUCGAGCGUUCACAUGUCGGAUGGACGAUCUCAUCCUGUCAAAGCGGGGCGACAAGGCACGUUCAACUCUACUGGCGACUGCCAAUGACCGUGGCUCGAAGGCAACGCUCGAGUAUGUCAAGCUUGAAGACGCCGAUCUGAGCAAGCCAGAGACAUUGCGCAACCUGAAGAUGCGCUACGAAGAAGUCCUACGCGAUGACAACAAAUUGGCAGGAUUAGAUGCAGCGAUGAAGGGUGCGACUGGCGGACUAACAUCGGAAGUCAUCAGUGCCUGUCUUCCAGAUGGUCUAGUCAAAUUUUUCCCCGAGAAUAAUAUGCAGACAAUGACGGUAUCUGGCGCCAAGGGUAGCAAUGUCAACGUUUCUCAGAUCUCCUGUCUUCUUGGACAGCAAGAGCUCGAGGGUCGAAGAGUGCCCGUCAUGGUCUCGGGCAAGACGCUGCCUUCUUUCAAGGCCUUCGACACUGCUCCCAAAGCUGGAGGCUAUGUCGCAGGCCGCUUCUUGACUGGCGUACGACCGCAGGAAUUCUACUUCCACUGCAUGGCCGGACGCGAGGGUCUGAUUGAUACUGCUGUCAAGACGUCGAGAUCCGGGUACUUACAGCGUUGUCUUGUCAAGCAUCUUGAAGGGAUACGAGCGCACUACGAUCACACUGUGCGCAACAGUGACGGCUCGGUGCUGCAGUUUGCGUACGGCGAAGAUGGUCUCGAUGUGACAAAGCAACGUCAUCUCAAUGAAUUGGACUUCUCUGCCCGCAACUUUGCAACCCUGCAAGAAAGCUGGGAUACGGCCGGCUUGAUCAACGCGCUGCGUAGCUCGGAUGAUGCGGCGGGCAAGCACAUGCGCGAAGCUAUCUCGGACCCUGAUGCGCAUCCGCCUGUUAUGUCAAAGUACUUUCCGGGAUCGAACAUUGGCAGCAUGUCAGAAAGCUUUCACAAGACGUUGCAGGCUUACGUCAAGGCGAAUCCUCAACGCAUCAUCAAGUCAAGUUCGUCCACUCGAGCAGCAUGGCCAGCAUAUGCUCGCAACGUUAAAGGCGGCCUCAUCGAUAAGCAUGCUUUCCGUGCGCUCAUGCAAAUCCGGUACUUGCGAAGUCUUGUCGAUGCAGGAGAGGCAGUUGGCGUCAUCGCUGCUCAAGGUGUAGGCGAGCCGUCAACCCAGAUGACGCUGAAUACAUUCCACUUCGCCGGACACGGCGCGGCCAACGUGACACUCGGCAUACCACGUUUGCGCGAGAUUGUAAUGACCGCCUCGUUCAAACCAAAGACGCCGUCGAUGCACAUGCCUUUCCUUGACCAUGUCAGCGAAGAGACGGCAGCGCGCUUCUGCAAAGGUGCUACCAAGCUCAUGCUGUCGCAAGUAAUCGACAAAAUCACAGUCGUCGAGAAGCUCGAAUCAGAAGCGGGCGCUCUGCAGAGGAUCUACGAAGUCCGUAUGCAGUUCUAUCCGGCCAGCGAGUACUCUGCCGAGUAUCAGACAAAGCCGACCGAGAUCCUAGAGGCGAUUGCUAAGCGAUUCAUACCUAUUUUCGACAAGGCCCUGAGCGCUGAGCUCAAGCUGUACCAGGCAGCAGCGGUAGUGGACGUUGGCACAUUGGGAAAGGCGUCGAACUCGUCUCGCGUGGCAGACGCCGUUGACGACGGCGAGCUCGACGAUGAGCGUGAGCCAGUGCGAGCUGGCGGGAAUGAGGAUGAGCAAGAUGGUAACAAGGACGAGGAGAAGCUCCGCAGGCAAGGCAAUCAAGACGUCAUGUACGGUGACGACGAUGUCGCGUCUGACGAAGGGGAUGGCGACGCGAUUGGCGAUGACUUCGAUGAAGAUGCGUUCGAAGAUGCGUUCCGACCUGAUGAUGCGAGCAGUGUGUCUCGUAAUGCAGCACAUCAGCGCGACGUGUAUGCCGAAUACGAAGAGCUCAUUGUCGGCAGCCAGCAUAUCUCUGACACCAGCUUCGAUAAAGCAAAUGGAGAGUAUUGCACAAUUACUGUGCCACUGUACAUCGGAGCGCCCAAGCUCUUGCUGGCCGACAUUUUGGAGCGAUGCUGCGUCAAGACUGUCGUUCGCCAGAUUGCGGGUAUCUCUCGCUGCAUGGUUGCUCCAGAAGACAAAGCGAAGCCAGGCCUCGCUUGCAAUACGGAUGGCGCGAACCUGCCCGCGACUUGGGACUUUGCCUACGGCGUCUGCAAUCUGAACGAGCUAUAUUCAAAUGAUAUCGGCGCAAUCUUGCUCACAUACGGCGUUGAGGCCGCUCGUACGGCCAUCAUCAAAGAGGUCUCUGGCGUCUUCGGCGUCUAUGGGAUCGGUGUCGACUACCGCCAUCUGACGCUGAUAGCGGACUACAUGACUACCGAGGGCGGCUACAAGCCCUUCAAUCGUACGGGAUUGUCCAAUUCGCCUUCGCCCUUCCUCAAGGCAUCAUUCGAGACGACCGCCAAGUUUGUUGCCGACGCUGCGCUGUACGGUGACUUUGACGAUAUGAACAAUCCCUCUGCGAGCAUCGUAUUGGGGCAGACACCUCACACUGGCACAGGCGCUUUUGGCGUGUACGCAGCUUGUCAGACUGAAUCAGAAGAAUUGUAGAAGUAGACAUGCUUGUCGCUAUAGUAUUGCAUUGCAGAGGUAGAUCUACACAC